AUGGAAGAGCAGAAAUCAAACUGCGACGAAAGCGACUCUGAGGCAACAGCUGAUGAUAACGCUCCUGCUAAGCAACUUGUCACUUUGGAAGGAGAGUCCCAAGCUCUUCCUGCUGCUGCUGAUGUGUCCGGGCCUACUGUCACAAGUACACCUAUAGAGCGGGUGAGGGCUUGUGCUCUUUGCAACUGUGUGGAGCGCAGUCUUCAUGGACAACGGGAACUCAGACACUUGGAAUCAACUUCAGAACUACCAACCCUCCAGCCAUCAGCUUCUCCCCUGCCACAACCUGGAAAUGAUGAGUUGUCUUCCAUUGGAUUUUUGGACACCCCCUGUCUGGCAUCACUAUUUGAUGACUCAGGGGGUUGCUGGGUUCAUCACUGGUGUGCGGUGUGGUCAGAAGGAGUGCGACAAAUGGAUGACAAUGGGUUGGAGAACGUGGACAAGGCUGUUAUCUCAGGGACCCGGCGGCUUUGUGAAUACUGCAAAAGGCUGGGUGCAACCAUUCGAUGCCAUGCUGAGGGCUGUUCAACCUUUUACCACUUCCCUUGUGCUGCAGCGAGUGGAUCCUUCCAAUCCAUGAAGCAGUUGGCCCUUCUCUGUCCACAGCACAUUGACAAAGCAGAGGAGCUAGCAGGGGAAGACUCUUGGUGUGCAGUGUGUGACUCAGCAGGGGAACUCACCGACUUGCUGUUCUGUACGGGUUGUGGCCUACAUUACCACGCGGCCUGUUUAGAAAUCGGGGCCACGCCCAUCCAGCGGGCAGGAUGGCAAUGCCCAGAGUGUAAAGUGUGCCAGACUUGCAGACAACCGGGUGAAGACUCCAAAAUGUUAGUAUGUGACGCCUGUGAUAAGGGCUACCACACCUUCUGUCUGCAGCCAGCCAUGGAUUCUCUUCCGACUGAUCUGUGGAAAUGCAGAAGGUGUCGUGUAUGUGUGGAGUGUGGCGUUCGCGGACUCGUCUUGUCAGGCUCGGCUCAGUGGUUCGACAACUAUGCCAUGUGUGAGGCCUGCCAGCGUCAGCGUAGCUCCUUGUGCGGCGUAUGCGGAAAAGCACCGCACCCAUCUGUGGCUCUUCAAUGUUGCACGAUGUGCCAUAGGUGGGUGCACAAAGAGUGCAUGCUCCCAGAAGUCAAAAGCAUUUGCCUGCUUUGUAAGGAGGAUCGACAUCAACAAAAGCGUCUCACUGAAGCAUACACAGCAGAGACGCAGACCGCAGAGGUGGCGGAUGAGACCGAAGGGCAGAUAGGGUUGGUGGAGAUGACAAUCCAAACAGAGGCCGAAAUAACGACUCAAGACCAGACAGACGGGUUAAAAGUUCAGGGAGGCACAUCAGAGACUGGGUUGGCAGAAGCCCCGGCUGAAGAAGUGACACCCAUGGACCUAGGUGCGGAGGCGUCCGUUGUUGAGACAACUGAUGUAGGUGACAAAAUCUCGAGGGAAGAGCUGAAGAUAGAAAAAGAAGAGUGUGAGCGAGCUGCUGUGGCAUUUGAGUCUCCAGCUGGAAACUGCUCGACCAAACCGACUGGUUCAUCUGCUGAUGAAACGAGAGCAGAACAGGGAGUCAAUCAAAUGAUCCGACCUGUCUCACAGGAUUCUACUGUUGAGGAACAAUCUCAAAACACUAAAGUAGAAUCUACAACGGGGGACCCCGAAAAUAUGGAAGUGGAGAAGCUGGAACCUCUUCCUUCCGUGGAGAAGCCUCUUUCAGCAGCAUUAAGCGGGGCUGGUUCUGGUGGUAUUCAAAGUGCAGAAUCAUUCAGUAAAACAUCAGAAUGGUUGCCCUCUCUAGCACCUGUGACAAAAGCGGAGCAUGUAUCCCUUUCUGAUGAGCGGGAUACAAAUCCACGCCAGGUGCACAAGUCGUCCUUUCAUCGUUUACCACCCGACACACGAGACGAACUGUCCGUCAACAUGAACGAGAGGCUACUACCUCACUCUGAGGAGGAGGAUGAAGAAGAUGACGAUGAGCAAAUGAGGAGAGAAGGACACGAUGAUGACGUAAAGGAGGAGCCACAGGAGCAUGAAGUUAAGGAGCCGGUAUUGCUGCUAGAUGAGUUGUCCAAUAUGAGUCACGGAGAUGAGAGUAGCAGUGGCUUCCUGGGCUCUCCUGGAGAUGUUGAUCCUCACCUCUCCAUGGAACUCGGCCGCUCAGAAACCGAUGAUUCGCUUCCUUUUGAACCUCUAGGAAUUCACACAGAAAAAGUGAAGCGCAGGGGAUCACCUGGGCGCUCAAGGGUCAAACAGGGUCGAAGCAAUAGCUUCCCUGGGAAGCGCAGACCUCGAGGAGGUGGUGGUGGGAGAGGGCGUGGUGGGAGGUCUCGCCUCAAAGCCAUGGCCUCUUGCAUUGAUGCCUUCUUGCUAAGCAUGACUGCAGACUCUGCUAUAAGUAAAGAGGAGGAUGAUGAGGAAGAUGAUACUAUGCAAAAUACAGUGGUUCUUUUUUCAAACACUGACAAAUUUGUUUUGCUCCAGGAUAUGUGUGUUGUCUGUGGCAGCUUUGGAAAGGGUGCUGAGGGACAGUUAUUGGCUUGUGCUCAGUGUGCUCAAUGUUACCAUCCUUACUGUGUGAACAGCAAAAUCACAAAGACGAUGCUGCGCAAGGGUUGGCGCUGUUUAGAAUGUAUUGUAUGUGAAGUCUGUGGGAAGGCUUCAGAUCCUUCCCGUCUGCUGCUGUGCGAUGACUGCGAUGUCAGCUAUCACACGUACUGCUUGGACCCGCCCCUGCACACAGUGCCCAAGGGAGGUUGGAAAUGCAAAUGGUGUGUGUGCUGUGUACAAUGCGGUUCUAACUCGCCAGGUUUUCACUGUGAGUGGCAGAAUAACUACACUCACUGUGGCCCCUGUGCCAGCCUUGUCACCUGUCCAGUAUGCAGAGAGAACUUCAUGGAGGAGGAGCUGCUCCUUCAGUGUCAGCACUGUGAUCGAUGGGUGCAUGCUGUUUGUGAGAGUUUAUAUACAGAGGAUGAAGUGGAACAAGCAUCUGAUGAGGGCUUUGCAUGUACAUCAUGUAGCCCCUAUGUGCCCAAACCUGUCGUUGAGUCAGCCAUUAUGGCUUCAAUAAGGAUCAAGGAGCCAGAGCCACAAUUCUACCGGUUAGAAGGUGUGUGGCUGACAGAAUCAGGCAUGUCCCUACUGCGAACCAUCUCCAUGUCUCCCUUGCUCAAGAGACGCCAGCGUCGCUCUCGCCUUGGUGCCCUGUGUUGUGAAGGAGGCCCUGAUGGAAUGGAUGUGAGGGAGGAAGGGGAAGGGGAAGAAGGAAAAGCUUGCGGGGAGUCUAUGGAUUGCGAUGCUAAAAUGGAGAACCCUGGAAGCCCUGACCGAGAAGGUGGUGUUGAUGGAGGCACAGAUGGCAUGGCUGAAUGUGAUGUUCUCAAAGGAGGUGCAGACGAUAUGGAGGAUGGUAAAAAAAGAAAACGGAAACCUUACAGGCCUGGAAUUGGAGGAUUCAUGGUGCGACAAAGGAAGUGUCACACACGGUUAAAGAAAGAGUUUUUUGCCCAGCUGGCUGGAGAGACUACUUUAGAUGGACAUCCAAUAGAGAGAACCAUCGAAGAAGGGCCCCAUCCUGACACAGAUAACAUAAUGGAUCCUAAACCAUUAGAUGGUGAGGAACAGGCCAAGAAACGUAGAGGCAGAAAGAAGAGCAAGCUUGAAGACAUGUUUCCAGCAUAUCUCCAGGAAGCUUUUUUUGGAAAGACGCUUAUAGACCUGAGUAAGAAGGCUGUCAUAAGCCCUGGGCAGAGGCCAGCGACAUGCAUUCUUCAGCAGUCAUUACCAGCACCAUCAGCAGUAAAAACUUCACCAGAAACUGAGGCCAACGAUCGUAUGGUGCAUCAUCUCAAGCAAGAGGGGAGUGAGGCCCCCCAGGCUCAGGGAGAAGGUGCAGGAGUUUCUGCACCAUCCUCAACACUGAAGGACCUAGGGUCAACGGAUCCUCAUGACGUAGAUGCUGAAAAAACUGAAGGUCUUCCGCAAGGAGUAGAGAAUCAGGAUUCGGAACAGUUUUUCAGGAAGGUUCUAGGAGUGUCUGAAGGCUCCAGUUUGGAAGGAAUGAAGCCCAUCUCGGAGGGCAACAAGGGAGAACUCACUUGUAGCACACUGCCACAAAGCGCUCUCCUCUCAGGGUCUCUGCCCUCAGCUGGAGUGAUGGAUGCAUUUCCUGCCCUUUCUCAGUCACCGUUCUUUGACAUGCGGGACAAAGGAGGGCUGUUCAGUCCAAAUGGUGGUGAAGAGAGUCCAUGGGCUACUCCCUCUACACCAGUGACACCUUCCUCCCCUCCAACCCCCACGGAGGCAGAAGGCGAUGGAUUGUCUUACAACCAGCGUAGUCUCCAGCGAUGGGAGAAAGACGAGGAGCUGGGAGAACUAUCAACUAUUUCUCCUGUGCUUUAUGCCAACAGCAACUUUCCGACUCUCAAGCAGGACUACCCAGACUGGGCAAGUCGCUGUAAGCAAAUCAUGAAGAUCUGGAGAAAAGUGUCAGCCGCUGACAAGGUUCCUUAUUUGCAAAAGGCCAAAGACAACCGAGCGGCUCAGCGGAUCAACAAGGCACAGAAGCAGGCAGAGAGUCAGGUGUGCAGGCCGCUUAAGACUGAGCCACUGCGUAUGAAGGGGGAAAGGCCCAGUUUGCACCUCCAGAUCCCCCCGCCUUCCGGACCAACGUCCAUCUCCUCCCAACCAAGCUCGGCAGAAAGCCAGUUUCCUUUCCCCCCAGAUUCAGGAUCUUCCUCUGUCUUUUUCUCAGAUGGUCUUUCAAAGACUCCAGGAUCAGCUGAAAUCCGUACAGAUCCUUUUGCCAAGCUUCCCCCUCAAUCGCCCCACUCCCACCCACCAACUCCUUUAUCCUAUUCUGGGGCAAGCCCCAUUCAGGCCCCCUCCUCAGGUUAUUCUGCUUCCGGCCCACAGGGUCCUCCUCAGGGACGGCCAGCUAGUCUUGGCCCCUUUGACAUGCAACCAGGGACUUCAGCAACCCCCAGACGGGCUCAGCAAGUCGAUCCCUAUUUCAGAUCACAGUUACAGCAGCAACAGGGUCAUUUAUCACAAUCUCAGCAAGGUUCUCAAGAAUCCCUUACACCUCUACAAAGUCCUCAUUCAAGAAGUGCCGGGAUUGGGAUUGAGUCACCCAUUUUCUCACCACCCCAUAACACGCACUAUGGAGACCCUCAAAGAAUUAUCCAGACGGAAUACAGUUCAUCUCCAAUACCCUCAGUUGCAUCGUCACCGGCCAGCCAGUACAGGGCAGAUAUGAGUGCACCAUCUCCUCGCUCCACACCUGUCGGAAGACCUGACUUUGCCGUUAGUUCUCCUGCUGGUAUGCUGGAGUCUGGAGAUGGGUUGUUUAAGGCACCGAUGACCCCACGGUUACACCAAGGAGAUGGUGGAGCACUUCAUCCUGGAGCCUCUCCUAACCACCCGUCUGAAGGAUACAGGCAGUCUCCUUCGCACACUUUAUCUGAGCAACACAUUCAGUCUCCGCUCACUCCCAAGUUGCAGUCAGGAGACAGUUGUUCUCUCGGAACUCAGAGACACCCUGUAACUCAACAGGAAUUGAGUUCGAGAAUUCCCUCUAGCCCGCAAUCCCAAGGCAGUUGUCAGUCUCCUCACACCCCUGGGGGGCUCUCCAAUGAUGCUUACUCUGCACAGUCUCCUGUCACUCCACGUUUUCAAUCCCCAGAGCACUGCUCUCAGCCACCUUCAAGGCCACAAUCCAGAGACCCAUUCAUGACAAUCCACAAACCACCUCGCCCCACAUCUGCUGCACCUGAUGGAAGUAGUAGUUUCAAAAACUCACCUAAUCCAAAUCAAUCACCUCAACUGCAUUCCAGCGGAAGUCCCAUUGGGGAUCCUCUUUCUUGCAAACCUUCUGCUCCACCUCCUCCAUUUAGUCCUAGUGCAGGAACCAUUCAGGUACCCCAACAGCAGGCGCCUGGUCAGUCGCAGCAACCUCAGCCGCAAAUACAGCAGACUACUGUUUCAGACAACUAUAGCUCUAGACUGGUCUCUCCUUCUGGAGCUCAAGAACUGACGGCUGUUCGCCCACACGAUACCCCUCAUCCACCAUCCUUUCAGGGCACUCAAGAAAUGCCAGAUGUGUCAACUGUGCAAGACCCUUCACUAGUUGGCUUAAGUCCCUCUGAACUGGAGAAGCACAGACAGCGGCAGAGAUUGAGAGAAUUUCUAAUCAGACAACAAAUGCAACGGAACACUAUGAGACAAGAAAAAGAGGCGGCUGCUGCUGCAGCUGCAGGCAAUGCAUCUCCUGGAUGGCCUGGAGGAGAGAUGGGUUCAUUUCAACAAGACAAGAGCCAUAGGGCACCACCACCUUAUCCGCAGGAUCGUGUUGCUGUCACAACUGCUGGUGCUCAGGUGUCCAAUAUGGGAAAAUUCCCUGUAAAUGCCAGUGCUAUUGGAGACAAGCUAAUUGGCCCCCCGGCCGCAGGAACCCCUACUAUCAUGGAUCCAAGUACACUCAGGCCACCAGGAUCCACCAAGCCUCAGGGUGUAUUUCCUCGUCCACCGUUCCCAGCUCAAUGGCAUGCUCCAGGACCAAGGAGAUUUCCCCACCCUGGCAUGGAGGCUAUGUCCAUAAGGCACAAUCUCACUUCUCCUGUCAACAUCCAGGGUAUGGAAGGUGUCGGGCACUCUCAUCCCAUGCUACCAGGGCAUGCAGCGGAAAAUAUGCAGCCAAUAGGCCAAGGACCCCCACCGCAGUUUAUUGAAUUAAGACACAACUCACAGAAGCUACCACUUCGACCCCAGUUUAUGCCUCGUGGACCUCAGCCAAGACAGCGUCUCUUUGUUCCACAAGAGAUGCCAGCACCUUAUGUUCAGCAGCAUCCCAUUGUGCAUGCUGGUGCUAUUCCGUCAGAUGGAGGCAUUGACUCUCAGUUGGGAUUACAGGAGAAUGAACUGUCAGUGUUAUUACCACAGCAGCCUGCACUGCCUGGAAACCAGCAGCCUCAGGUAGGAGUGUCAACUCCCGACACUCCUGUUGCCGGACUGCGUCAGCUUUCACAAUCCAAUCUAGUCACAGAACAACACCAAGCUGCUGUGGUACCACAAAAUGAGACACUACCAGAGCCUGAUCUUGAGGCUCUUGGGGAUGCCCCUGGAGAUGGAGGUGUUGAGGAUGAAGAGGAUUUAGCUCUUGACUUAGACCCAGACAAAGGAGAUGAUGAAUUGGGUAACCUCGACAACCUAGAAACUAAUGAUCCACAUCUUGAUGACUUGCUUAAUAGUGAUGAAUUUGACUUGUUGGCUUACACUGACCCUGAACUUGACCAAGGAGACCCCAAGGAUGGUUUUUCAGACCAGCUGCGUUUAGUAGAGGCAGAAAGUGAAACCCCGUCCUCAGCCCCUGGGCCUACAGUCAUUAAAGAGGAAGUAAAACCCAAGUUGGAGUCUGGACUGAAGUCCCUCUCAGCAACACCAAACUCUCCAGGCAGGUCAUCUACUAAUAUACCACCCUCCCCUAACACAGUGGGUAAAUCCAAAGAAAAUGUAGAAACUCUCACCCCUGAGCUUCUCUCAGGACAGGCUGCUGCAAAAGACGAAAUGGUAGAGGCCGUCUCUCUGUUUCUAGGGGGGACCACACCUUCGGCCAUACCUGCACAGCAAGAGCAACAACCAGCUUCCCUCAGUUCUGUUCGUUUAGGGGGACUUCCAUAUCCACUUCAAGACCAGGAUGGUCCCUUGCCAUUCUCUACAACAGCUGCACAUGAAGAUAUCAGCAACGAUGCACUUGGCCUGCCUGAUGUUGGAGGACAGCAUUCUGCUCCUGUAGACCUGGCAAAGGUAGAGAGCUCAUUGGAUGGUGAACUCCCUCUCCUAAUCCAAGAUUUGCUGGAACAUGAGAAGAAAGAGCAGCAGAAGCAACAGCAGCAGCAGCUUGGCUCUCUUCACCAGGAAGGCAUAGCACCUCAUUUCCCCUGCAUUCCAAGUCAACAAUCAAACCCACAGUCACCUGGACCGUUAAUGUUGCCGCAACACCAUCGGCCACCAUCCCAAGCUGUAAUGGCCCAGGCAGGCAUGGUACCCCGUGCUCCACACAUGUUGCAGCAUCAACAAAGGCUUUUGGGACCUGCUAUGGCGCCUUCACCUCACUUGGCCAUGAGCCAGCAACAGGCCAUGGUGAGAAUGGGGCAGCCAGGAAUGCAUGCAGGGAUCCAUCAUCCACCGCAGCAACCUGGGGUGAAACCAUCACCUCUGGCUAACAAUUUCUUCCCAGAUAAAGAUUUAGACAAAUUUGCCACGGAUGACAUAAUGGAUCCCAUUGCCAAGGCAAAGAUGGUAGCUCUUAAGGGUAUCAAAAGGGUGUUAGCGCAGGACCCCAUGGUUGUACCUCCUGGCAUCAACAGGCAGCAGGUUUCCCUGCUAGCUCAGAGACUGUCAUCUGCCUCAGGCACAGAUGCAAGUCCAAUUUCAUCAGGACCACCCAAGGAUGGAGAAACCAGUGAUCCCACCCAGUCCAGACCAACCCCUCCUCAGUUUGUUCAAGGAAUCAUCAAUAAUUCAGAACAGCACCAAUAUGAGGAAUGGCUUGUUCACACUCAGCAGUUACUCCAAAUGCAGUUAAAAUUUUUGGAAGAACAAAUUGGAGUCCAUCGAAAAUCACGCAAGGCACUGUGUGCCAAACAGCGCACUGCAAAGAAAGCUGGCAGAGAAUUUGCCGAGUCAGAUGCUGAGAAACUCAAGUUGGUCACAGAAGAACAGAGCAAAAUUCAGAAACAGCUUGACCAGGUACGAAAACAGCAGAAAGAGCACACCAAUCUCAUUGCGGAGUACAGAAGUAAGCAGCAGCAGCAAGGCCCAGGUCUUCUUACUCCUGGACAUUCUGCACAAGGAACCACACCUCAUAUGUUUCCCAAAAUACCUGGCCAGGUGAUGAUGGGCCAACAUGGAUCUCCAAUCAUUAACCAGCACCCUGGUAUGGUUCCACAAGGUGGAAUGCCUGUCCGGAUGCCACAAGGUCCGCCUUUCAUUGGAAGAGCCCAACCCCAGCUUCCUGUACCUCUUGGAGCCAAUGGUUCGCGGCCACCAUGUCCCCCUGGGGCUGGAUCAGGAUUCUUCCCACAGGGACCACCGGGAAUUCAAGGUGCUGACACAAGGCUUCUCCAGGAAAGACAGCUUCAGCAUAGAAUACACAUGGCAAAGCUCCAGCAGCAACAGCAAGCAAUGAUGGACCAGCAGCAACAACGCACUCAACGGUCGGCUUUAAUAAAUCAGCCACAGCCUGGUUUGAUGGGGAACCCACUUGUCUCGCAGCAACAAGCAAAUCUUCAACAGGAAAUGUUAGCUAGUCAGGUGAAUCAGCAGAGUAUAGUUCAGGUCCCAAAAGUAAUGGGUGCAGGGCAGUCUGUAGCUCUGCCACAACAGAACUUUAGUACUAGCCAGGCACAAGCCAUGGUGGUGUCUCAACCAGGGCUAACUGGGAACCAUCCAGUCUCACAACAACAUCAACAACAGAGGGCUCUGGUCUUAGGUCAGACGGGACCUGUUGCAUCUCCUGGUCAUCCUGUCCUUAGGGGUCCCCAGGUUCCGAUGGUACAGCAACAAAACACUCUGGCACAACGCAUGCUUUCUUCCCAGCAGCAACAGCAGAAUGUCGCAAAGGCUUUUUCUCAACCGCAGCAGCAAACAAUGUCGCAACUAAGGCAACCAACCCCAAUGAUGAUUCAAUCCAGCCAAGAGCAAGGAAAGCUUUCACAACCAUCUACCCCACAAAUAGGCUCAUCCCCUUCGACAGGCAGUACCACACCUCAGCCAUUAGGACCUACAGAUAGUCAAUCAGUAGAAACUAAAGAGGGUGACAUUCGUAGCCCUGAUGCCAGAACGCCACCACAGCGCAGUGGGUCCUCCACUCCCAAUCAUAUAUCCCAGGUAGGCCCUCUGAAUGAUCAGCAAACUGAUUUGGGACGACAGCAACUUAAUCACCAGCACCAAGACCAGGCUUAUAUAAUGCAGCAACAACCAUCACUUCCCGAUCAACAAACCAGUCUAGCUGCGAAUCAACAAACUGGUGUGGUUCAGCAACAGCCGCAACAAGUGCCAUCUGCUCUACAGAGGCAAGAUUCGGAUGGUGUUGACAAGCCGACUUUGAUAGUUAAAGAAGAAGGCAAAUCUACGGAUUUCUUAGCCCAGCAGCAACAACAACGGAUACAAACAGUUCAGAAUGUCAUGCAGCAAUCACAAGAUCCCAAUAUUCAGCAACAGAUUGGCAUGCCACAGUCUGUAGUAAUGAAUCAUCCUCAGCAGCAAACCCUAAUCGCACAACAGCAAAAACAGCAAGCCAUGAUGGGCAUGAUUAGAGCUCAGCAGCAAGGCAUGAUGGCACAGAGGCCUGGGGCUUCCCCUGUACCGAUACGCACCCCUAUCAACCUCCAAAUCCAGGCUAUCAUUGCUCAAAAUCCACAGUUGCGCAGUCUUCCCCCAAACCAACAGCUACAGCACAUCCAAGCGAUGCUUGCCCAGAGGCAGCUCCACCAGGGACCAAUGAUGCGGAUGGCAAUGGGUCAAGGACAGCAAAGUCAGGUGAGACAUCACAUGUUACCAGGGCAAGUGCAACACGCUGGAAAGCCAAUGCCAAGAAUGGAAGGGCAACAUAUGCCAUAUGGAGCCGUGAAGCCUGGUAUGUGUACUCAGCAAUCAAGUGGUUCCCCUCAGUUUCAGCAGGGAAUGAUGGUCCCAGGACAAUCGCAACCACAAAUGGGAGAGGCAGUACAGCAUCAAGUUACAAGAGGACCGUUGCAAAUGCCGCGAUCGCCUAUGGACCACAGUCGUAUGAUCAGACCCACAUCUCCACGUCAGUCGCUACCUCCACAUCCUGGUGAUCUUAGACACCCACUGAACCAAGCUGUAGGGAUGCGUCCACCCACUCCUAACCAGCACCAGCAGCAGGCUUUAAUGGGUGCUGCAGCAGUCCGCAUGCAGGGAUCCCCUUCUCACGCAUAUUCUCCUAGAGGUCCUUUUGGCAUGAGCCCCACCCACCCCGCCUCCCCCCUGUCAUCGCAUGUUUCUUCACCUUCUUUAAUUGAUAAUAGAGCUGGAAGGGGAAGUCCAUACAGUCAGGUCAAGGCGUCUCCGCUUAGGUCACCAGGAACCAAGACUCCCCUUGACUGUCCUGGACUGAAAAUAGAAUCACAGACAUCGGUCAGUGAAACAUCUCCUACUAACCCAUUUGUUCCAAACGGACCUCGGACGGGAUUAAAUUUCCAGCAACAGUCACCGCAAGUUGCAGAAAGCCAUUACCCACUGCAGAGCUCUACAAAAGUGGAUCUAUGCAAGUUGACGGUGCAGAACAUUAAACAGGAGCCAAGGGAGGUCCAGUGUGAUGGUGCAGGAGAUGCCCAUUCUGGUGCUAUAAAGCGAGAAGCGACAGUAGACACAGUUUCUUCUGGGAGCAACUCAACAUUCAUUAACGCAGAUGAUACCAGAACUGAAACUGGACAACAAUUGUUGCAAAAACUCUUGAGAACGAAGAACCUUCAAAUUGCAACACAGAGGCCAUCUGAAGGCAUCCACAAUGAGAUCAAUGGCCACAUUAACAGCAAAUUGGCAAUGCUGGAACAAAAACUUCAAGGGACUCCGAGAAAUAUGGAGGAUUUGCACUCCAUAAGUAAGAGGGCUCCGACACAAAAGCCAAAGCGCACUAAUAAAGCACCCGGAGACCGGGGGCUGAACGCACGGAAGAAGACUAAGAAGGAAGAAGUUGGAAAAAGUACUGAAGCGCUUAUUAAGCAACUAAAACAGGGUCUGUCUCUGUUGCCCCUCAUGGAACCUUCCAUCACAGCUGGCUUGGAUCUGUUUGCCCCUUUUGGAAGCAGCCCAGCCAAUGGAAAAGCCCAACUCAAAGGAUCCUUUGGGAAUGCAAUGCUAGACAAUAUUCCAGACUAUUAUUCUCAGUUACUGACCAAGAGCAACCUCAGCAAUCCCCCGACACCUCCAUCUUCCUUGCCACCGACACCUCCUCCUUCUGUACAGCACAAACUGCUCAAUGGAGGGACUCCUGGGGAGGAACUUUCUCAGGGUCAGAAAAGUUUGGAGUCAAAAGCCACACGAAUAGAAGCGGUUACAGAGGAGACAAAGAGUGUAGACAUUCUUGCAGCGCUUCCCACUCCACCACAUAACCAAAAUGAAGACAUCAGGAUGGAGAGCGAUGAUGAGGACACUCCAGAAAGCAUCAUUCCGGCAUCCUCCCCCGAGAGCAACAUUGGGGAGGAAACUUCACGUUUCCCUCGCCUGCAGGAGCCAAAGGAAGAAGACACAGAGAGAGCAAUAUCGCCCAUAAUUCCCCUCAUUCCUCGCACGCCAAUCCCAGCAUUUUCAGAGAACAAACCCUUUGAAACAGCUGAUGGAGGAGUGGUUUCUAUGUCCAAUCACUGGGACAAGGCUAAAAAUAACGAAGUGGCUGUCACCUUCACGUUGUCCUCCAUGGCUGCCAAGAAACUUAACCAUGUGAUGAUGGCAAUGGCCCAGCUGCUCAAGAUAAGGAUGCCAGGUUCGUACGAGGUGACCUUCCCAUCCCAGAAUCCUGACAUGUCUGGAGUGGAGGAUUCCAGGAAAGGGUCUGUCCAGUCAGGUGCUCUCUGUCUAAAAGACAAUGCCUCAUCCAGUCAGGAUGAGUGGUUAAGGCAAUUUGAUGUUUCUCUGCCAGGCUGCACAUUAAAAAAACAAGUGGAUAUUUUGGCACUCAUAAAACAGGAAUUUCCAGAUAAUGAAGACAAAACUGUCCAGCACUGUUACACAACCAAUGUAAAUGACUUAGAUGUGCGGCACCUUCCGAUUAUGCCGGUGGAAGAAUCACCGCCUCCAUCACCAUCCCCCCCUCUCCCUUCCUCCCCAGCUCCACUUCCAAGUAAUGAGGCCGAUCCUUCCAAAAAGUCGUCCCCCUCCUCCCCUUUGCCUGCCAUGCCCACCAAUGUCCAGAUCAAGAUUGAGGCUGACUCGGACAUUGGUCCCCUUGCAGAACCGGUUGAGUCGAUUGCAUCGACAGCUGCUGCUCCAGAGAAGAGUUCUGAUCCAUCGUUUGAGCCCCCUGCUCCUGAAGAACAACUGAUUUUCUCUACCAAAAAGGAGGAAUCGGUCAGCGAUCCUCUAAUCUCGGAUUCUCCCAGCCCGAUGGAGUCUUCGCCGAAGGCCAUCAAGCAGCGCAGGCCUCUAUCCCCUGGCUUACUCCCCAAUGUGAAAAAAUGGAAAGGGAUUCGCUGGAAGCGCCUACAAAUUGUCAUUUCUAUACGAAAGGGCGGCUCUAAGAAGGAGAGCAGCCGUGAGGUCUCUGAGCUAAUGGAGCGCCUUCGCAUUACUCUACGACCUGAGAGAUUGCCACGGGAUAAACGCAAAUGCUGUUUCUGCCACGAAGAAGGUGACGGAGCCACGGACGGGCCUGCCCGCUUGCUUAACAUCGACGUGGACCUUUGGGUGCAUCUCAACUGCGCCCUGUGGUCUACCGAGGUAUACGAGACGCAGGGGGGUGCGCUUAUCAACGUGGAGGUGGCGCUGCGUCGGGGAUUGCGUACAAUGUGUGCGUGCUGUCAGAAGACGGGCGCCACCAACAGCUGCAAUCGGCUGCGCUGCCCAAAUGUCUACCACUUUGCCUGUGCUAUUCGCGCCCGCUGCAUGUUCUUCAAAGACAAAACCAUGUUGUGCACCCAACACAAACUGAAGGGCCCCAGUGAAGAGGAGCUCUGCUCUUUUGCCGUUUUACGGCGGGUCUACAUCGAGCGUGACGAGGUCAAGCAGAUAGCCAGCAUUUUGCAGCGAGGGGAUAGAGUCCAUCUUUUCCGCGUCGGCGGUCUCAUCUUUCAUGCCAUCGGGCAGUUGCUGCCCUCCCAAAUGGCCGUCUUUCACUCUCCUACGGCCAUCUUCCCUGUCGGCUAUGAGGCUACUCGCAUUUACUGGAGCACACGUGUGCCCAACAAGCGUUGUCGCUACCGUUGUCGCAUUAGCGAGGAUGAGGGCCGCCCCUUGUUUGAGGUGCGUGUUCUGGAACAUGGCAUGGAGGAUCUCCAGUAUCGUGAUGUAACGCCACAGGGAAUCUGGGAAGAUGUGGUUCACAAGGUUGCCAAACUCAGAGAUGAUUCGUCCAUGUUGAAGCUGUUUACAGAACAUGUCAAAGGAGAAGAGAUGUUCGGCCUCACAAUUCAUGCUGUCAUGCGCAUCACAGAGUCGUUGCCUGGGGUGGAAAACUGCCAGAACUACCAAUUCCGAUAUGGCCGCCAUCCUCUAAUGGAGCUCCCUCUCAUGAUAAAUCCCACCGGUUCUGCUCGCUCAGAGCCCAAAGUCCCCACACAGUGCAAGAGGCCUCACACCUUGAACAGCACCAGCGUGUCGAAGGCAUACCAGAGUACCUUCACUUGUGAAAUGAACACGCCGUACAGCAAGCAGUUUGUCCACUCCAAGUCGUCGCAAUAUCGCCGCCUGAAGACUGAGUGGAAAAACAACGUGUACCUGGCUCGCUCUCGAAUCCAAGGCCUGGGUCUGUAUGCUGCAAAAGAUCUAGAAAAGCACACCAUGGUCAUCGAAUACAUUGGCACUGUCAUACGAAAUGAGGUGGCAAACCGCCGGGAGAAGAUCUACGAGUUUCAGAAUCGUGGUAUCUACAUGUUCCGUAUCAACAAUGAGCAGGUGAUUGAUGCAACCCUGACUGGUGGUCCAGCUCGCUACGUCAACCACUCGUGCGCUCCCAACUGCGUCGCCGAGGUUGUGACCUUUGACAAAGAGGACAAGAUCAUCAUCAUAUCCAGCCGCAGGAUCCCCAAAGGAGAGGAGCUGACUUACGACUACCAGUUUGACUUUGAAGACGACCAGCACAAGAUCCCAUGCCACUGCGGCGCCUGGAAUUGUCGAAAGUGGAUGAACUGA